UACGUAGCGGAAGUAAAAACAAUGAUCAUGCUUGCUAGCUUGACCCAGUCAUAGCUCCAGAGUUAAGCAACAGAACCGAUCCUCGUAAUGACUCAAUUUUAGCGCAUCGGUGAAUCCAACCUGAAAAAUUAAAAUAAUACAACGUUUUGUAGACAGGUUGCGCGUGCGCCGUUGAUCCUACGUUUUUUUUGUUUUUCUCCAAGGCCAGCUUGAGGUAUGUUGCUUUGCCUGAAAAUCAGCAGCUGCUGCAAAGAGCAGAGGCGCAGGCAAAGUGCAACAUCAGAGCGACUCACCAGGACGAGACAACCCGACGGUCCAAGGGCCGUGGAUCACAGUGGGGCUCAAAUCUGAUACAAAAUGCGUUCAUUUUCGCCUCUUCUGUGAACGAAGACGUGCUAUGUGGAAGACGCUCUCCGCUGUGUUUCGGAUGAUCUCCCACAGCCAGGUCCACGUAUUGAGAUGAUCUAUUUCUGUGAUGGCGAAGGGUCUGUUUCCACGGGCCUGGGUGAAAAAGUCUUUCUACUUCCAGGCUCGGAUCUCCUUUGUACGGGUGAAGUACCUGUUCCUUACAUGGCUGACUGUGCUGGUGGGGAGCUGGGUGCUCUAUGUGCAAUACUCCGCCUACACAGAGCUGUGCAGAGGACACGAGUGCAAGAACGCCAUUUGUGAUGAAUACAGGAAGGGAAUCAUCGAUGGUUCAGCCUGCAGCAGUCUGUGUGACAAAGACACGCUCUACAUGAGCAGGUGUCUGUCAACGCUGCCAAACAACCAAGUGUACACGGGAAGCUGGGGAGACCACGAUGGGAUCAUCCGCUGUAAACUGGGGGAGGUCGUGCACUACGAGCUGGGUGAGGAGCCGGAGCCACGGAGAGAAGCCCCCGUGUUCGACAAGCCCACCAGAGGCACAUCGGUGGAGAAAUUCAGAGAGAUGGUCUUUAAUCACCUCAAGUCCAAGCUCGGAGAGCAGGCUAAUCUCGCCAGCCUCGUCAGCCAGAUCCUCUCUGUCGCUGAUGGAAACAAAGAUGGACGGGUGUCACUGCCAGAAGCCCGUUCUACAUGGGCCCUACUGCAGAUGGAUGAGGAGGUGCUGCUGGGCCUGCUGCUCCAGGACCGUGGACACACCCCUCGCCUGCUGGGCUACUGCGGGGACCUGUACAUGACGGAGCGAGUCCCCUACGGGCCCCUGUAUGGUUUGUCUCUGCCCUGGCCGCUGGUGUCCUGGGUGCCCAGCAGCGUGCAGCGCACUAUAGACCAGUGGUUCACCCCCUCGUGGCCUCGCAAAGCAAAGAUCUCCAUGGGCCUCCUGGAGCUGGUGGAGGACAUCUUCCACGGCACCUACGGCAGCUUCCUGAUCUGCGACGUCGCCGCGGCGCACUUCGGUUACACCGACCGCCACGAGCUCCGCCUGACCAACACCCAAGCGGUGGUUCCCGAGGACGAGUUCAGACGCACCAUGCGGGUGCUGAAGUGCGAGACUGAUGCCGACUGCGUGUACGGGGUCGACUGCCAGACAUCGUGUGACGCGUCGGAAAAGCGGUGCAGGGAGGAGCCGGUUCAGCCAAACCUGGCAAAGGCGUGCGGCACGCUGAAGGACUACCUCCUGCAUGGGGCGCCGUCAGGGCUGAGAGAGGAGCUCGAGAGGCAGCUGUACGCCUGCAUGGCUCUUAAGGGAAAUGCUGGACAGAUGAACAUGGAGCACUCGCUCAUUCUCAACAACCUGAAAGCUCUGCUGUGGAAACAGAUCUCGCACACCAAAGACUCGUGACGAGGAAGUCCUUCGGAAAUCUCGGUUUCCACACGUGAAGCUGAGUAUUAAAGAUGCUGUGAUUUUAGGAAUUGCAAUUUUAAUUAAUUAAUUUAAGUAGUUUCUAUCCACUCCUAACACUUAUGAUCAAGCUGAUGGAGACUCUACUUCCUCUGCCCCAGUGUCAGAGGUUAAAUAAACUGAAUGAUUGCAUGUUCAGAAGAGUUUAUGCAGCCACAUUAUUAGUCCUGUAUUAGUCACAUUAGUGGGAUGUUUUCGUGGGGCACUGCUGAUAACAGAUUUACUGUUACUCUCAAGAGCUGAGACCACGUUGCUGUUUUGUUUUUUUUGCCACAAAAUCAUUCAGAUAUUUUGGAGAUUGAAAAAGCAGAGUUGUACAAAGCUCCAGUUGGCAUUAUUUUAAGAUGGGCCCAUAUAUUUUGUUAUGUUACGGUUGCUCCUGAGCAUCAUGGCAUAAUAAGGGAGUGUACCUCUUAAAUGAUUCGGCAGUUGAUAUUCUUGUAUUUUUUGUGUCCAGCAAAUUCAGUCAAAAUACCAAAACCAGCAGUGCAUUAUUUUAUUACUCAGUACUGUUGGAUUUUCAAUUUGUUUUUUUUAGUUUUUUUUUUUAGUGAAGAAAUGUCGCUGUAGUUUUUAGCAAAAGUUACUCAAACAGGAGUGAAUAGUGUAAACGAUUCCGCUGCAGAUUAAUUCACAUUUGGUGCACUGAUUGUUUACAGCAGCAGGACACCGUUUGUGGCAUCGACUCAGAAUAAACUACAGUGCGUGCGUUCAUCAUAAUAAAGGAACAUGUCACGCUGUGUGACAAACUAUUUUGGGCUUCGGCUACACAAGCUGUACAAAACUAAUACAUUUUUGAUUUGCUCCUUUUUAGGGGUAUAUAAUCACCCUUUCAAAUAUAGACCAUCACCAAACUACACUUUGAACAGGUGACAAAUCAAAAGGAAAAAAGGCGUUCCCUUUGAUUGUCACUCAUCUGCAUAAUAAAGUGAGGCAGUUUAUCAGCUUCAAAGUAGACACUGAUCAUCCUGUAUCAGUGUACUUCACUCCGCUGUAACACUAGUGACAUCGUCAAUGCUGCAUCAACAACGAGGAAUAUCGAUGUAUUUAAGUUGUGAAUGUUAUCUUGUAUAUUUCUCACUGAAAAUAGCAUUUGUGGUAAUGUCCUGUAUUACAUUUUCUGGAUUUUGUCUGUGCCAUAGAGAUCCAGCUGAAGUCAUUUAUGAAUGUUCACCACCGUCGACGGUGGAGAUUGUGAUCGACUCCCGUGGUCACACUCGAAUGCUGUAUAAAGAGUGUUUUCCAUGAUUCAUUCCAGACAUUGCCUGUUGUGAAGUUGCUGUGACGGAGUUGACCUGACUUUAUUAACCACUUUAAAUGCAUUUCAGAACAGACGUGACCUGUAAAGCAUGUCGAGCUCGUGGUCAAUGCUGCUGUUUGUUUUUACUUUGAAAAUGUAAAAAAAAAAAAAAAAAGUUUACUUAGAGACCAGCAUGAUUUUGCACAAUUAAAUGUCACCAACUCAUUAA